CCAGCGAAGAGGGACUGUCUGGUUGCGAAGGUAGUGGUCGUGGUUAUUUGCUGCUAGAAGACGCAAGUGCUUCCUCCAGAGCUUCCCCGCGGCUAGGCUUAGUGACCAUUUUUUUUGCUUAUUUAUCAGUCAAGCUCACCGUGGGUGACCCAUUUAUGUUUUUGCAUGAUAAUACCGCAAACUAGUUUGAAAGGUGAGCCUAAUCUGCUCUUAACAUAAUAGGGACACGAAAUUACAAUGCCAUCUCCAAUGGAGGGAUCUUCCAGAGAAGGUGACCUGUUUACUGUGAAACAUGAGCUGAAAAAUGCCAACCUGACAGGCCACAUUGAGAGGGUGGGCAUCGAAAACUUUGAGCUACUAAAGGUGCUGGGCACAGGAGCGUACGGGAAGGUGUUCCUGGUGAGGAAGGUGAGCGGCCACAAUGCCGGGAAGCUCUACGCCAUGAAGGUGUUGAAGAAGGCCACCAUCGUCCAGAAAGCGAAGACGGCCGAACACACGCGGACGGAGCGGCAGGUGCUGGAGCACAUCCGCCAGUCUCCGUACCUCAUAACGCUUCACUACGCCUUCCAGACCGACACCAAGCUGCACCUCAUUCUCGACUAUGUAAACGGGGGCGAACUUUUCACGCACUUGGUGCAGAGGGUGCGGUUUAAGGAGCAAGAAGUAGCGCUGUACAGCGGGGAAAUCGUCUUGGCACUAGAACAUCUGCAUAAGCUCGGAAUCGUCUAUCGAGACCUAAAACUGGAGAAUAUUCUACUGGAUUCAAACGGCCACAUAGUUCUGACAGAUUUUGGCCUGAGUAAAGAAUUCGAUCAGGUUGAGAGGGCUUUCUCCGUUUGUGGCACUGUUGAAUACAUGGCUCCAGAAAUAGUCGAAGGAGGAGAUUCCGGACAUGACAAGGCAGUGGACUGGUGGAGCCUCGGCGUGCUCAUGUACGAGCUCCUGACGGGCGGCUCGCCCUUCACCGUCGACGGAGAUGAGAAUUCCCACUCGGACAUCGCCAAGAGGAUUUGCAAAAAGGAUCCUCCUUUCCCAAAAGACAUGGGACCGCUGGCCAAAGACCUGAUCCAACGACUCCUUGUGAAAGAUCCAAAGAAAAGAUUAGGAUCCGGUCCUAACGGAGCAGAGAACGUGAAGAAACAUCCGUUUUAUCAGAAAAUCAACUGGGAGGACUUGGCAGCGAAGAAGGUACCUGCGCCGUUCAAGCCAGUGAUUCGGGACGAGCUGGAUGUCAGUAAUUUUGCUGAGGAGUUCACAGAAAUGGACCCCACUUACUCCCCCGCAGCGCUGCCUCAGAACUGUGACCGCAUUUUCCAGGGAUACUCUUUCAUGGCCCCCUCCAUCCUGUUCAAGAGGAAUGUGGUGAUGGACGACCCCAUCCAGCUGUGCGGCGGCUCAGAGAGGCCGGGCUCUGCCGCCGUGGCCCGCAGCGCCAUGAUGAAGGACUCCCCUUUCUACAUGAAUUAUGAGAUGGAUCUGCAGGACAGCGCUCUGGGAGAGGGCAGCUUCUCCAUCUGCCGCCGCUGCACGCACAAAAACACCGGACAACAAUACGCAGUCAAGAUAGUCAGCAAGCGGAUGGAGGCGCAGACUCAGAGGGAAAUAGCGGCCUUGAAGCUCUGCGACGGCCACCCGAACAUUGUGAAGUUGCAUGAAAUUUACCACGAUCAGCUCCACACAUUCCUGGUUCUGGAACUGCUCGGUGGAGGAGAACUGCUGGAGAGAAUCAGGAGGAAGCAGCACUUCAGUGAAACAGAGGCCAGCCGCAUCAUGCGCAAACUGGUGUCUGCUGUCAGUCACAUGCAUGACGUAGGAGUGGUGCACAGGGACCUGAAGCCAGAGAACCUGCUCUUCACAGACGAGAGUGAGAACUCCGAGAUAAAAAUCAUAGACUUUGGCUUUGCGCGUCUGAAACCGCCAGACAAUCAGCUGCUGAAGACUCCCUGCUUCACCCUGCAGUAUGCUGCCCCAGAGAUCCUCAAAUAUAACGGCUAUGAUGAGUCCUGCGACCUGUGGAGUCUGGGGGUCAUUCUGUACACCAUGCUGUCUGGACAGGUGCCUUUUCAGUGUCAGGAGAAGAGCCUGACCCACACCAGCGCUGAGGAGAUCAUGCACAAAAUCAAGCAGGGGGAUUUCUCUUUUGGAGGCGAGGCCUGGAGAAAUGUGUCCCAGCAGGCUAAGGACCUCAUACAAGAGCUGCUGACGGUGGACCCAGACAAGAGGAUUAAGAUGUGCGGCCUCCGUUACAACGCCUGGCUCCAGGACGACAGCCAGCUGUCCUCCAACCCACUCAUGACCCCCGACAUUCUCGGCUCCUCGACUGCCUCCGUCCACACCUGCGUCAAAGCGACCUUUAACGCUUUCAACAAAUGCAAACGGGAAGGUUUCCGCCUACAGACGGUGGACAAGGCGCCGCUGGCCAAGAGGAGGAAAAUGAAGAAGACGAGCACCAGCACGGAGACGCGCAGCAGUUCCAGCGAGAGCACCCACUCUUCCUCCUCCUCCUCGCAGUCUCAAGAGAAGACGCUAACGGAGGGCGAGCCCAACCCGCCGCCUUCCAACAGCCCCGCCGUCAAAACGCCGGGCGCCGAAGAGACGGACUGCGGAGACCAGGACGCACUUUCGGCCUUUCGCUUCUCGGAAGGACAGUGAGGCGGCAGGCGACGGAUCCGGACGCAGUUUUUGCUUCGACGGACCGUGGAGUCGACUCGGUCUCCGCCUCCAGCUCUGUUGCAUGGACGUCUGCAUGUCACCAGAACCGAGCAUGCAGCAGGAGCAGCAGCUUGCACCGGUCUGGACCAGGCAGAAGUUGUCUCUGUUGUCUUAAGGGCUGCCCCACCGUCCCGGUUCAGGAAGAUGGAAGGGAGAGACGUCUUUACUGUCGUUAUUAAAAAAACGAAACAAACAAAAAACAAAACGGCAUCGGUCCUCUCCUCGUUCUUUGUAUCUGUCCGUGUCUAGGCGUUUUUUUUUUUAUUUGUUUUUUUUUUUAAAGGGAAACCUGUAGUAUUCAAACCGUGAACGCUUUAUAAGGGAGGAGAAGACGCCAAACCAAACCUCGGGUGAAAUCGCGUCCGAGAGGCGGAGCUUUUAUUUAUAUGUGAAUUUUAGACUGUAAUCUAUUUAUCAUAAGCUAUAUUGUUAACUUAUUAAUGGUUCCAAAUGAGCCUGAAUAGAUAUAAUGGAUACAUGCGAGUAUUCAAAAAAAAAAAAGAAAAGAAGAAAAAACAGAUAUUUUUUGUGUAAGUACUGUUCCUUAUCCGCAGAAAACGUGGUGGGUUUUGUAGACAUGACUGCAGCUGGCUGGUUAUUAACAGUUAUGUAGACUUUUUAGUGUCUUGGACGCGAAGAAAAAAUAAACAAAACAGCCGACGGUGUUGAUGAUUGUUAACUAAAAAAAAUGUAUGCACAAAAGAUUAAAGAAGCAAACGUGAGCAUUUUAGCCCAAUGUGUUUUGUAGUUUCUGCCCAAAAUGAAGCGUUUCUUGUGACCCUGAGAGCAGAACUGAGUUUAGAUGUGGAACUACUUUAAAACUUAAAAUGGCCGCUUCUCUAGCAAGGUCCAAUCCUCCGGGUCAGCAGCGGUUAGCACGGCGGUGGGUUUUCCUUGGGUCGCGCUGUGUCCAAAAAAAAAAAAAAAAAAAAA